AUGACGUCACCGGGCAGCGACGAAGGGACCAGAACCCAGCUAACCGAACAGUUUCUGCGCAGGUCGCGCUGUGCGCACGCGCAAUCGGGCGCUUCCUUUUCCGCCGGGGGGGGCGGGGCCGCAGCGCCCGCGGGAAAAAUCGGGACGAACUUGGCUCUUAUGGCUGCGGAUACGGAGGAUUCGCUGAGCCUAGACCUGCAGCCAUGGAUUCGAGAGCUGGUCCUGGCGCCGGAGGAAGCCUCUGGUUCGCGGAUAGGGCAACUGCUCGAGGUGCUUCAGGAGGCAGAGACUCCAGACCCAUCCUGCGCCCCCGACAUGUCUGAUGUCUGGUCUGUGUUGCUUGUGUCCGACGGGACACACGCUAUCCGAUGCCUGUUGACGCGAAAAGCCAUGGACACCUCCGACUGGGAGAAGGAAUUCGGUUUCCAUGAGAUGAAAGGUCGAUUGCUGGUACUGAAUGACUUCGGGGUGCGAAUCCAGGUGGCCGAGCGCGGCGCAGCCUCCGAGUUCUACCUCCAGGUAGAUCGCUUCAGCCUGCUUCCUGAAGAGCUGCCUCUGGAGUUGGUUGCUAAUUGCAACCAGGACCGAGAUGUUCAGAAAAAGCUCCAUGAAUGCCUCGAGGAGCACCUGUCAGAGCCCACCUCUCCCGACACAGACAUGACACUGUCCCAGCUUCUGAAUGAGGUGGAGGAGGACCAAGAGCAUCCGGAUAGGCAAGUGUGCCAGGCUGAGAAUUGCCUGAUGCUGGCCGGCCCUGGAACAGCACCCCAACUGACUCGCUGGGCUGCCUUACGCUGCAAGUUCACGGGUGAAGCUGUGUACUCUGUUCCCGGUCCAUGGCUGCACAUCUCUAAGAAUGAACAAAUAAUCCUGAACUUUGCCAGGCAAGGCCCUGACCUGCUCUCACCAGACUCAUCUCUGCAGGAUUUAUCUCUGACUCUGACUUCCUCCUCUUCUUCCUCACCCAGUUCCACAGACCCAGUUCAGGGGGAUAACUCCCUGUCCUUACUAGCCAUCUGCCCACUCCCCUCCAGCCAACCACACUCAAGGUCCCCACAACCUAGCUCUGCACACAACUCCCCACCUCUAAGCUGUUCUUCUAGUCUCUUGUCCCUUGACCAUGUUCCCAGUCCACACCAGGCCUGUAUAACCAGGGCUCAGAAACGUGGUCUGGAAUUCAAGGGGAAAGGCCAGAAUCCACAGCUGCCUUCCAGGACAAGCACUAUCAAAGGAGCCCUGGGCCCCAAAACUACCUGGAGUCCCCCAAAGAGGCACCGUGAUGGUUCUCCCUUCCAAUAUGUGUAUCCACCACCUUGCACUUCUCUCUGUGCCCAGGUCCAAGCUGUCAGGCUCCCUUCUGAGCUUGUGGCCUGGGCCUUGCACUUUGUGUCGGAGCCACCACCAGACUCUGAGCCAGUGCAGAUGUGA